CGUGAAACACUACGAGUUUCUUUUCCUCUUCUUUCAAAAUGCGCCGUCCAAAGUAUUUCACGCCGAAAGAGGUGUUCCUACACAACACACAUGGAGACAUCUGGGUGUCGUACCUGGGUAAAGUGUACGAUCUGACAACACUGGUGGAAGAAUAUAAAGGCGAUGUGUUGUUGAAACCAAUUCUAGAGUGUGCAGGAAAGGACAUCAGUCACUGGUUUGACCUAAAGAAAAAAGAUAUUCUUACACAUGUUGAUCCGUUAACUGGCUGCAUUAAAUACUGCACCCCUAGAGGACGCUUUAUACACAUACCCCCUCCCUGCCCUCGCACUGACUGGGCCAAUGACUUUGGGAGGCCAUGGUGGAAGGAUAACCGCUACGAGGUUGGGCUUCUGUCUGCCAAAACACGCUGGAUCCGCAUUAUCAACACUCUUACCUCCCAGGAGCAAAGGCUGGAGGUUUGCUCAGAAGAGACUAUGGAUGAGAUUCUCCAGCGAUACGUGUGCUAUAAUUCCCAUGCAGCAAGCUACACCUGGAAGCACAAUGGAGUAAAUUUGGAUAUGAGCAAGACCCUGAGUGAAAACGGCAUCCCUGAAGAAGAUGAGUUUUACUGUGGAAGCGCAGACUGUGACCUCUUCUCUCCAUCUAUAUGCCUGUAUUUCAAUGACGACCUCACUGAACUUUGACAACAACAGGAAGACGUUGCAGUUAAUGUGGAAAAUGAAGGCUUGUAAUCCAUUAAAAUAUCUUUAUCCACUGCAAACAAAUUUGUUGGAUUUGAGUGAGAAACAUGAACAUCACAUCAGCUAUUCUUGUGUCGUGUCUCAUCGAUUCCUGUCUUUGUUGUUCAUCUUAUUGCAGCUUGCUUAGCAUCAUCCAGUCAAAU